CAAGCAUUCAAGCCCCACCGCUCUCUUUUUGUGUCCUUUUUUUCUUUCUCUGCCUUAUCUUUCUCUUUCCUUCUGUUGAAAUUGUCUUUCCCAGGUGGUUUAGAGUAUAAAGUUCAGAUAUCUAGGGCAUAACCUGAAACAGUGCAUAUUCUGCACUAUUUAACAACACAUUUGAGGGCUGCUUGGACAUUCAUUUUAUGGAUAAGAAAUGGUUCCUUUGCAGAUAAGGCUGGCUGUAUUCAUCACUUUUUAAUGUCAACAAAUCCCAUGAAAACACAGAGACUAUUCAAGUCCGCAGACUAGUAAAUGCUUGCUUGUUCAGUAGAAUAAUGUAGCUGAUGCAGUUUAUUUUGAGUCAGUGCCAUGGGCACCAUCCUGCAUUUGUAAAUACUCACUAGCAUACGCAAACCUAUAUUAAACAACUGAAAGUAGUCCCUAGCGGAUGGAUUCCCGUUUGAAUAAUGGCUGCUAACACUGUGGUACAGAAAUCGAGUGAUCUUGUUCUGGCCUUGAGGUUUCAGCAGUACCAAAUAGGACUGUGAAUGGGAGCCACAGCCAAGCUGUAAGAGUCUUAGUUAGUAUUCACUGGAUUUGUGGACAGUAGCAUGAAGAAUAUUCCCAGCCUCAUCCUUUUUUAAAAUGGUUUAAAACCUUUGGAAUGACAUCAGUUAUUUGGGUCUGGUGAGAUAAUGGUAUAUGUCAGGGGUCUGAGUCUUGUAGUUGUACAAAAUCAGCAAUGCCAAGGUAGCCUACUCUGCACACACCAACUUUAAUUUUUAAUUUCUUUUUAGCAGUACGAGGUAAUUUCAGACUUGACAAAGGGAAAAUUAGAGUGAUAUAAUAAAUAUAUGGAAAUAAAACUCUAUCUCGUUAUAAAACCUCUGAGAUAGCUGACCGACAUGACGUAGUGUUGGUCCAGUAUCCUCUUUAACAGUGGUUUUCUUUUGUUGUUGUGUUUUACAGUUCUUUUUCCUGGCUCAGCCAGUCCUGUAUACCAGGCCCUGCUGAAAAUACCAUCCAACCGUUUUGUCUCCUGCAGUAUUUUCUCUCUCCAGUGUGCUCUUGUAUUUAAAUGUUGUGUGUCCGUAUUUAGGUCAUGUCUCAUUGUGAAUGGAUUAAGUGUGAGAUGAUGAUAAGGUAUUUGUUAGUUUGAACCAUUUGAAAGAUAAAAUUAGAGUUUUUUUUUUUUUUUUGAAUUUUAAAAUAAACCGCCCACCAUCCUAUGUCCAGGUUUGGUUAAUUGAUGCAGUGACAGGUAAGGAUACUGAGAUAAUGAUGCAGGCAGCACCUAGCCUGAAUUUUGUUAUUGCCAUUUAGCAUAUGAACUACUUAAUUCUCUGAAAUGUGUUUUCUGGUGAGUAGACGCUGAUGGUUUGUAUAGUGUUCUUGCCGAAUCCCUAAAAUUCUCUCUGUUGUGUGUGUAUCUCAAUUUUUCUCUGUGUGCUUUUAGUAGCGAAGCCGCCAACGUGAAUCGCUUGUUUCAGUAAACGUCUAAAUGAAAAUUGAGGGCACACCGAACUGGAGAAGCAGCUGUGCUUGCUAACGUUUGGUUCAUGACUUAAAAAACACAUUCAGGAUCGAUUCCAGAUGAGGCUAAAGCUUUGUCACUGCUGGCGCCAGCAAAUGCUGUUGCAGGAAUUCUGCCAGGAGGAGGCCUUCUUCCGAUGCCUAAUCCCAUUCCCAAUCCACCUCUCGCAAACCCCUUUGGUGCACCCAACAUGGAUCCAAUGGCAGCGUUUGGAUUCCCGGGAGCUGGUAUGAAUCCCCAGGCGGCUGAUCAGCUGUUGAAGUUCAUGACCGAUCCAAAACUGAAUCCCUUGGCAGCUGGCUUAAGCCUGAAUCCAGGGCUGAAAGCUGACGCAGCUAAUAAAGAAAUCGAAGAGGCAAUGAAGAGAGUCAGAGAGGCCCAGUCACUAAUUUCUGCUGCUAUUGAACCCGGACAUAAGGAGGGAAAAAAGAAGCACUCUCGGUCCAGGUCCAGAUCCAGAAGGAGGAGGUCAAGAUCACGUUCAAGACACAGGCGAACCAGGAGCAAGUCGAGGCGCAGAUCCAAUUCAAGAAGCAGGAGACGCUCCAAAAGCCCACGCAGGAGACACACCGACUCAAGAGACAGAAGCAGGAGAUCUCGAAGCAGAUCCAGAGAGAGAAAGAAAGAUGAUGCAGGGAGAAGGAAAUCCAAAACACCACCCAAAAGCUACAGCACAGCGAGGCGGUCACGCAGUGUGAGCCGGAGACGCAGGAAAAGUCGCAGCAGCAGUCGUUCUCCUAAGAAGUCUCCUAAAAGGAGAAUCACUCCGUCUCCAUCUCCUCGAAGGCACAAAAAAGAAAAGAAGAGGGAUAAGGACAGAGAGAGAGAGCGGGAGCGAGACCGGAGGAGCGAUAAAGAGCGCAGCCGUGAAGAACGGGAGCGCUCCAGCAGCAAGAAAAAGAAGAGUAAAGACAAAGAAAGGGAGCGUGAUCGGAAGUCAGAUGGAGAGAAAGAUGUUAAGAUCACCAGAGACUACGAUGAAGAAGAACAAGGCUACGACAGUGAGAAGGAGCGAGAGGACAGGAAGGACUCGGAUGACUCUGCGUUGUCUCCUCAGUCGGUGGAAGGUAACGGCAGAGUGCGCAUCGUGAAGCAGGCCAAAGUUAACGGUGCCGAUGAUCACCACGAAGAGGACAUGGACGUCAGUGACUGAGUCGUCCAACCAGUUCUGUCCCACGUUCUCCCUCCAUGUUGGCUGUGAAAAUGCUAUGACCCCCCCCCCCCCCCCCCCCCCCCGGGCUGAAUCUAAAAUGUGAAUUGUUUGAAAUUAUCGUUUUCUGUCACAGAAGUGUGCUUUUUGCAAAUGUAUAAUGCUGAAUUGUCUGCCCUGAUGUUUCUCUUGGUUUGUCACAUUACAAUAAGUGUUCUUUCUGCUCUUUGCUGCUACAGAUGUAAUAGGUUACAACUGGAAGUAGGCUUGCUUUGCUUUUGUUGCCAGAUUUUUUUCCUCUUCUUUUCACAUAUUGAACCUUUUCAUUUUUUGUUACAUGGUGUGGUGUGAUGCACGGGUCUCUGUCUUUACCAAAAUGCAAAACUGCUGCAUUUUGCUUGUUAUCUGAGAGAACUGUUUUAUCAAGGAUUUCUUUUAUAUAUUAAAGCUUAUUUAAAGAGCUAAGACUUCAAAAUUUGGAACUUUUGCCUCAAGUUGGGGCUGAUGAUACAAAUGUGAAAACCCUCAUAUCUGAUUUAAAAUAAAUAAAUCAGGCAACUACAGGUUCAACUCUUUCAUCAUAGUCAGUAUUGCCAUGACAUAGUUAAAAGGUGUUUGUUAGUAGAUAGGAUGGCAGAUGUGCCUAAAUGACAGGAAAAUUAUAUUGCCAACUCUAACCUCUAGCAUCAGGUAGGACUGGUGCGCCAAUACUAAAGUUGUUAAUGGCAUAAAAUUAUACUGUAAUGCUGAUAGAGGACUUUUAAAAAAAACAGAAUAAAGUUUCUAGGUAAAUGUUCAA